CUGUCACUCAGUCGGUGUUCCCUUUGAUCUUUUUUUUUUUUUUAAAUACAUUUUUUUGUUCUUUUUCUUUCUUACCUAUUAUAUACCAUGUCUCAAGCUGUUGGCAAUACUGCUCUUGCAUAUGCUCGUGUAUGGCAUGUUGUCGAUGCACGUCAACGAGUUUUAGGUCGUCUUGCCACUAAUGUCGCCACUACAUUGAUGGGAAAACAUAAACCUAUUUAUGAUCCUGCAUCUGAUUGUGGGGAUUAUGUAGUUGUGGUAAAUGCAAAGGAUAUCUUGGUUACUGGAAAGAAAGCUGAACAAAAGUUGUAUCGCCAUCACACUAUGCAUCCUGGCGGUUUGAAGGAAAUAAACUAUGCAGAUUUGAAGAAGAAGGAUCCUACAGAGUCUCUUCGUAAAGCUGUGUCGGGGAUGUUACCAAAGAACAGAUUACGUGAUGUACGAUUAAAUCGAUUGAUGAUUUUUGAAGGUGCCGAACAUCCUUAUGAAGACAACAUUAUCAAGCAUCAUGGUAUUCAACAACAAUAGUUUAUCUUUCACAAUUCAUCUUUAUAUCAUACAUCUAGAUAUUAGAACUUUUUUUGUUAUAUUCCUUCAAAAUUCUCCUUUUUCUCCCUCUUUUAUUCUUCAAAUGACAUGUUGACAAUUCUUUUCCCUUUUGUAAAGUCCAACUCCUUACCACAUUUCACCCCUUUUUUUUCAUGUGUAUAUCAAUCAAUUCCUUCAAUAAAAAAAAACGUGAACAGACGUACAUUUUGUUUUCAAUAUGGAAUGACACGUUAGAC